AUGUCACCCACACCCCAGCGGAAAAACCUCUUCCUCUGUCUCGACGCCUUCGGCACCCUCUUCACACCCACGAAACCCAUCCCAAUAACUUACGCCGAAGCCGCCCUCAAGCACGGCAUCGUCAUAAACACGCCCGAACCCGCCACCCAAGUAUCCUCAUCCUUCAAAUCCGCAUUCAAACAACUAUCAUCAGAGCACCCAAACUAUGGCCGGGCAACAGGCAUGGGUGCGGAAAAAUGGUGGGCCAAAGUAAUAAAAGAAACCUUCACGCCUUUCCUCGCUCCAAACCAAACCUUGCCCAAGUACCUCGUCCCAGAACUCCUUCACACCUACUCGUCACGUAAGGGGUAUACACUGUACCCCGACGUCCUCCCCUUCUUCCACAUGGUACGGCAUAUGAAAGCGCACAGGAUACGUCACGGCGCUGCUCAUGGACUCUGGCCCUGGGACAAAACCAUAGUAGGCAUAAUCACAAACUCAGACAACCGCGUCCCAGGGAUAUUAUCUUCCUUUGAUCUCAAUAUCAGUCCGCGGCGUUACAGUGGUGUGGCUGCCAGUCCUCUAGAUACCACAACAUCAGAGCCAUCGAAGAAGAAGACGAAGAGGAAGGAGGCGGAAAAAGAAGACGACAUUGAUUUCACAGUCCUAUCCUACGACGUCGGAGUCGAGAAACCCGAUGGAAGGAUUUUUGCGGCGGCGGAAGAGAUGCUGGCGGCUACCCUAAACGACUCUCUGAGUUCCAGCUCCGAUACUCCACCACCCGUUUCCUCGUUUGAGAAAAUCUACGUAGGUGACGACCUUCAGAAAGACGUGUUCGGCGCGCAAGACGCAGGCUGGUCGAGUGUACUCCUACAGAGAGAUCCAAAUUCAUUGGGCGGCCAAGGCUACGGGCUGAAGAUAGAGGAUAAGGGCGAGGAGAUUGGAGAAGGGGGUGAGGUAAUCAGUGAGAAGAAGUUGGUACCACAAGUGGGCUCCUUGCUCGAUUUGUGUGCAUGGCCACGUCAAGUAUCUGAAAGGCGUGAAGUAUCGCCUGUGCGAUAUGUCUAUAUAAAGGAGGAGGUCCCUGAACAUGGAUCGCCAGGGCAGAAGAAGGGUCGAUCGCGGAGCCCGACGUAA